GGAUGCAAGAGUUGCUGCACUCUGUGUGGGUAAUCUUUGGUUUUCAUCAGCCAGUGACUUCCAAGCGGGUUUAGGCUGACCUACCUCUGCUUUGCGCUCGUGUAAUCUCUUGGGGUAAGUCAGGCCUAUUAUUUCCUUGCUUUUCAGAUUAUUGGAUUUUUCAGAAAGGUGUUGAAUUGAGAGAUGUGUGCUUGGUACUUGGUUAUAUCGGAAUGUGGAGAUUGAUUAGUCUAGUUACCUAAUUAGGGCCUAGGCUACUGCCUAGACCUUGACAUAAUAAGGAUAUUAUCUAUCAAUAUUCAUUGAAAUAGUUUUUGGACACAUAUUUGAUCGAUAUAAGAAUAUUGCUCUGAUGGCAUGUUGAUAAAUGGAUGCAUCAGCUUAUAUAGACUUUUAAAAUCAAUUCUAUAAAAAGACAGCUUACUUGUGUCUUCUAUAUGCAGAGAAAUGUGGCUCAGGAGUUCAAGUGUCAAGGGGUUGAUAUUUCUGGUGCCUAAAUCUCAGAUGUUAAGCACUUUUGCUGCACUUGAGAAGUACCUAUAAAUUAGCCUGACUGGUAAAUUUACAUUUUACAUUUGAGUCAUUUAGCAGACGCUCUGUUAUUUGGUUGUAAAUCUAUUCUAAUACACAGUGAGAGGCAAUAUGCAACUGUGUAGGACUGUGGGAAUUUAAGGCUGACAUAGGCCUGUAGAAUAUUUAAACUAUUUCCAUAUUCAGAGAACAUAUUCAAAGCUAAGUUCUAAAGUAACUGUCCAGUGAAAAUCUCACUUUUAAAAGUUAAUAUUCUGUUAACUGAUUGGCUGAGCUGGCCAAUCAGCUGUGUGCUGAAAUCAAUAUUUUUAAUGACCGGUUUACGCCCACACCAUUCUGUGGUUGGGGUUAGCCUACACCAUUCCAACACAGAAAAGCUGCUUUUUAAUUAACAUACAUAAUUAAACCUUUUUUGGAAGGAAAAACUAUUUCAUAGAAAUCUGCAAACACUGGACACUUACUUUAAACUAAGUUUUGACCUUAUCCCAAUAUUAUUUACUGUAAUUCAGAUAACUUGCAGGUGCUCAGACUGUUCUUGUGUCUGUUAAUACUCAAUCUGUUAAAGGCUAUAUGGUUUUGUAUGUUCUUAUUUAUCUCCAUAUCACCUGUGAAUAUAGGUUACAUUCAACUCCUUCAUAUUUAAUAGGUGUCUGAAUGACAUUUAGAUUGCUGUAUUGUAAGAAUAACUGGUAAUAACUAAACCUUCAUAGAUGAAUACUUGAGCCAUUAACUAGCUCUAAGCCUCAACCCCCACCCUCUAAUUUUAAACCUCCAAUGAAUUUGCUUUCCAUCUCUUCUGCCCAUAACUCAGACUCUUCCAUUACAUAAGAACAGGCCCAAUCUUUCUCCCGCAGUGCAGGUUUGAUGGAAUUCUACCCUCAGUGUCUGUAACCUCACAGGCACUAAUACCUAAGCCAUAUAAUUUGAUGUUGAAGGACAUACUGUACCGUACUGCAUUUUGUGCCCUGAAAUGCAUCAAUGGAUCAAAGAGCCCGAAGAGCCAUGGAUCCGUUGCAUUGCAUUUUAGUAAAUCUACAUUAACAUGGUUUGUUGCCAUCAUCGAGAUACAACGAAUAUACUGUAUCUCAAUGGUUGCCAUUAUAUUACUGUUAGCCAAUAGAAUACAGUAUGUGUUUUCCUCAUUUGAAUCACAGGUCAUUAAAAGUUAUCAACUAUGGCUGCGACAGUUGCCAGACACAAGCACGUGCACGUCAGUCAUGACUACCACAGUGCACAGUCUAAGGUUGUAGCAAAGCAGUACACAAGGUAAGGCAGAUGGGCCCACAGGAAUCCUAUGCUUCAUUUGAAACAUACUAGUGGUUUGGAAACUGGGGACCAGAUUUACAAAUGUUUGCAUAGGAGUAUAAAUUGCACCUGAUAUUUACCAGAGUGAAUCAAACAUUUAAAUGGUAUAGAGCUUAUUUAGCAUAGUUAAAUGAAAUGUAAAUUAAGACAGUUAACACAUUUUUUCUGGUCUUUAUUCCCAUCUGAGAAUAAAGCACUGGUGUAAAUACAUAAAGUAAAUCUGGCCCUGGGUGUACAGUUUCAAAUGGUAGUUAGUGUAUUCAGCUGGGUAUUUAACAGUGGGUAAGUUUACACCUAGAGAGAGCACUUGUAACCCACUAAGAGGUUGGUUCCCUGCUAAUUGUCUAAUCUCAUGUAACUAUGCAGCCAUCCUGUUGCCACUACACCACUGGAUCACAUUAUCUUCUAUAAACUGGGGACACAAAUGCUUCACUGUCUUGUAUGGUGACUAACUGUCAAAUUUGUUUGGGUAUGAUUAUAAUACCAUUAACAUUUUCCUCUGUAAUACACCUUGGACUGAUUUGCCUUUAAAGAAGGGUGUGUUUACUUGUAUUUGUUGACGUCAGGAGUAGAGACAGGACACUCGCAUUAGUUUGCACCAUACAGUCUAUGGAUUGUACCCAGUUUUAUCUGUGUCAUCUCAGAUCACGUAAUCUAUAUUACCUGUACACACUUCUAUGAUCAUUCUGUCUGGUAUGUACAGACUGAUGAUUCAUCCUCAAGAAAUAGUACAUUAGGUAAUCUGAUAAAAAGGGCAUGAGAACACUGUCAACAUGAUGCUAUUAGAGAUCUUUUGAUGCUAACGAAGUGUAGCUCUAUAACUACAUUUACUCAGCAAUAAGCCAAUGAUUAAAAUGCAAAUAAGAUGCUUACUGUAUGUAUAGCAAAUAAUAAUUGUUAUGGUUAGACUUAACAUACAGUAUAUGUUUUUUGUGGUGCUUAGAGUUUUUCACUGUGUUGGGCUUUUCUUAUAUUUGUUUACUUAAACAUAAUUACACUGUUUUAUGUUGACCUUUUUAAAAUUAUCCUUUAACUAAGUUUGUUUUGUUGAUAUAGCUCUGAGGUGGUGGAGGACGAUUAUCAUCACAAACAAGAAACAAGAAUCCAGGGAGUGGUAAGGUCCUCAUCUGUCAUGUUGGGAGAUUUCAGCAUGUCACCAUAAUUAACGAUGUCAUUUGAAAAAGACGAGCGAAAAUAUUGAGUAUCACAAGCCUUGUACCCUUUUCACACGAUUGAGCCAAGCCAAACCGUACUGUGCAGGCUCUGAUAUUGACUUUUUGCAUUAUCCUGUCUAGCACGGUUCCUGUAACUAUGGUGGAUGCAUUACCGGGCCAGCGCAGUACAGGUCGCCUCAGCUUGGCUUGGCUUAGUAGUGUGAAAAGGGUAUUGAAGAGAAAUGUCACAUGUCCAUAUUACCUUCAGGUGCGGAAGAAGAUGGUUGAGAAGUACGUUCGUGAGGAGUCUAUGAUCAGGGGCCCUAAGUUCCUGACCACACUCCGAUCCCAUACCGUUUGGGAGCACGCUCCCGUGAAGCUGUACUGCACGGUCGAGGGUUACCCAACCCCUUUUGUGAAAUGGUGAGGAUUCAGUCUAAAUACAGAUUUAGGAUCGUCAUUUGAGCCAGUUUGCUACAGCAGUAAAAUAAUCCUGCAGCAACAAGAAAUGUGAAUUAUUAUGUGGAUGAUAAUUAAUGGACAUUUUUGGUAGGGGUUGAUACAUUGAUACAUUCGUUAUGGUAAAUCAAGUAUGAUAUUUUAAAGUGGAAAAUACAAAUUUCAGAAGCCUUUUUAAACCUUGAAUACACUACAAGUUUGCAUUUCCUGCUGUGCAGGAAAAUUCUCAGUUACAAAAGAGUGAUGAAAUUAAGAUCCUACAUCUGUGUCCAAAACAGUCAUUCAGCAAGUUCAACAACAGCAUUUAGCGGCUUAUCUAUGGGUGCAGAAUGUUAUUGUACUAGUGUAGCACAAAGGGAGAACUGCUUAAUGCUAGUGUUUUUCUUUCAUACCCUCUGUGAGAGUGAAAUAGUGGUCAAAGUUUUACGGAUGAUUGAUGGUGUCAGAUUUCAGCUGAGGUUAAGAGGUCAGCAUAGCUAAUCUUGACCUUUCACUGUCUCUGUAGCAAUGCUUUUUCCCAUUCUUGAGAAUUGCGUCUUAUAGUUUUACACUAAAGGUACUCGUUAUGACAAAGUGCAGACUGCUUAUACACAGUCACAUCAUAAUAUUCUGCGCACUGUCAUUACUUUUUUCCUGUGUUACCACAGCCACUUGAAAGACUUCACCUUAACCACUUUUACUUGAUUUCUCUCCAGGUAUAAAGAUGGUGUCAGCAUUGACUUAUCGUCAAUGAAAUACAAUGUGCAGGACAAUGUUGGAAUUCAUAACCUGGAGAUCGCCAAGUAAGUUAUUCUCACAGGAGGGAAAAAAUUAUUAAUAGCUACAGCUAGUCUAUGUAUUUCAUACCUUAGGCUGCACAGUGGAUACACACCGUCAGUGGUAAAACAAUGAGGGAAAUCACAGGUUUUUGAUUAUUAAGAUCCAUUUGUCCGGAAAACAUUAUCCUCUCAUGGUAGCUUAUCGCCCCCAUUUAAAAAGUCUCAUACAAUAUCAUGACUUUGCUCCUGGACCAUCUGAGAUUUUCAUUGUGGCCUCCCUGCAUUUCACUCACAAUCACAGUGUUUACUGUUAACUUAAUUAACACUCAAGUGUCCACAAAAGGGAGCCUUGUGAAUGGUGGAGCCGUAGUGGUAGAGCUUUUCCAAUUUAGACCAAAGCCCCCCGGGCACCGCCCUCGUCUUGAGGACUCAUCAGCUGUUCAUAGCGAAGUGCUGAGCUCUAUGUCAUUUGAUCCUGGAGAUCCUUAAAGAGCGCUGUAUCUGCUCGCUGUCAGUGUCAGGGGCACCAACUCUAGAUCGCACCUUAAGUCUCAAAGCCCUUUUUGCCUCUCCAAAUCAAAGUGAAGGGUCUCAAUAAAGAAAUGCCACUCUGUAUUCUCCCUGGGUUCAAACUCUUUCACACUCAAAGAAAACAACCAUGGUUUGGAGACAGAGAGGGAAAGUGAGCAUGGACAGCUUUAAAAUAGUGUGUGCAGGGUCAAGGUCUUAUAUCUGUCACUAUUCUCGACCUACUCUCCCCUUGCAGCUUCAGAUGUUUGCCAUUCAUGUCUUAGAGCCACUCAUGAAUAUCUCCUGAAUAAUUCAUGGUUUGUUUUUUUCCUGCAUUGCAUUAUAUCUCCUCUUGAGUUCAAAACAUUUGAUAAUAUCUGACCUUGAGUGUGUGGUUAUACUGUAGAGGUCAAGAUAAGAGGCCCUUACAAGCUAGAAAAGUAUUUACAUUUGCUGUAUUCAUUUACUGUGCAUUCAUAAAGUCAUAGCACCGUUUCAAAUGAGGAUCAUGGCUUGAUAUUUCCCAGUAAUCAUUUUGUCAACAGCAAUUUGCAUAAUCUGCAUAAUUUGUUAUCCUUUGAAAGUUUACCAUCCUGUAAAUUCAACUCAGGAAAUUAUGUUAGGUGGUUAGUCAAUUAAUCAGUCCUACAUACAAAACUAAACCCACACAAACUAUAGAUAGAGAAAAAGUCUAAGCCUUAGGUAUUGCUGAGAUGUUUUUGUGUGUUCAUGGACAUUAUCAACAAUGUAUUCUUCCGGUAUUCCCUAUAGGUGUGAAACUGAUGACACAGCGCAGUACACUGCUGUGGCUGGUAACAUUCAUGGACAGGUCUCUACUCAGGCCUCUGUCAUUGUCAAGAGUAAGUUUGACAAGGCAAACAGACAGUAUAUACAGUGGGGGAAAAAAGUAUUUAGUCAGCCACCAAUUGUUCAAGUUCUCCCACUUAUAAAGAUGAGAGAGGCCUGUAAUUUUCAUCAUAGGUACACGUCAACUAUGACAGAUAAAUUGAGAAAAAAAAUCCAGAAAAUCACAUUGUAGGAUUUUUUAUGAAUUUAUUUGCAAAUUAUGGUGGAAAAUAAGUAUUUGGUCACCUACAAACAAGCAAGAUUUCUGGCUCUCACAGACCUGUAACUUCUUCUUUAAGAGGCUCCUCUGUCCUCCACUCGUUACCUGUAUUAAUGGCACCUGUUUGAACUUGUUAUCAGUAUAAAAGACACCUGUCCACAACCUCAAACAGUCACACUCCAAACUCCACUAUGGCCAAGACCAAAGAGCUGUCAAAGGACACCAGAAACAAAAUUGUAGACCUGCACCAGGCUGGGAAGACUGAAUCUGCAAUAGGUAAGCAGCUUGGUUUGAAGAAAUCAACUGUGGGAGCAAUUAUUAGGAAAUGGAAGACAUACAAGACCACUGAUAAUCUCCCUCGAUCUGGGGCUCCACGCAAGAUCUCACCCCGUGGGGUCAAAAUGAUCACAAGAACGGUGAGCAAAAAUCCCAAAACCACACGGGGGGACGUAGUGAAUGACCUGCAGAGAGCUGGGACCAAAGUAACAAAACCUACCAUCAGUAACACACUACGCCGCCAGGGACUCAUAUCCUGCAGUGCAAGACGUGUCCCCCUGCUUAAGCCAGUACAUGUCCAGGCCCGUCUGAAGUUUGCUAGAGUACAUUUGGAUGAUCCAGAAGAGGAUUGGGAGAAUGUCAAAUGGUCAGAUGAAACCAAAAUAUAACUUUUUGGUAAAAACUCAACUCGUCGUGUUUGGAGGACAAAGAAUGCUGAGUUGCAUCCAAAGAACACCAUACCUACUGUGAAGCAUGGGGGUGGAAACAUCAUGCUUUGGGGCUGUUUUUCUGCAAAGGGACCAGGACGACUGAUCCGUGUAAAGGAAAGAAUGAAUGGGGCCAUGUAUCGUGAGAUUUUGAGUGAAAACCUCCUUCAAUCAGCAAGGGCAUUGAAGAUGAAACGUGGCUGGGUCUUUCAGCAUGACAAUGAUCCCAAACACACCACCCGGGCAACGAAGGAGUGGCUUCGUAAGAAGCAUUUCAAGGUCCUGGAGUGGCCUAGCCAGUCUCCAGAUCUCAACCCCAUAGAAAAUCUUUGGAGGGAGUUGAAAGUCUGUGUUGCCCAGCGACAGCCCCAAAACAUCACUGCUCUAGAGGAGAUCUGCAUGGAGGAAUGGGCCAAAAUACCAGCAACAGCGUGUGAAAACCUUGUGAAGACUUACAGAAAACGUUUGACCUGUGUCAUUGCCAACAAAGGGUAUAUAACAAAGUAUUGAGAAACUUUUGUUAUUGACCAAAUACUUAUUUUCCACCAUAAUUUGCAAAUAAAUUCAUAAAAAAUCCUACAAUGUGAUUUUAUGGAUUUUUUUCCCUCAUUUUGUCUGUCAUAGUUGACGUGUACCUAUGAUGAAAAUUACAGGCCUCUCUCAUCUUUUUAAGUGGGAGAACUUGCACAAUUGGUGGCUGACUAAAUACUUUUUUUCCCCACUGUACGUUUAGUUAAUGCAUUGCUUUUCAUGAUAUGGCUUAUUUAAAUGAUAAGUGUAUGCGUAAAUACUUGAUUUAUACCAUAAUACAAUAUUAUGGUGUAAUGUAUUUUGUUGUUGUAUAGUGAUUGUGUGUGUAUAAUAUGUCUGUUUCACAGGAUUCAGAGAAGAGGGGCAUUCAUCUUCCUUUGCAUGGCUUCCUUACACAAGUAAGUCCACCCAACACAACUGUCCUGUGUAUUCUUCCUGAUACUUCAUUUAUCCUCUGAGUAGAUCUUGACCACUGUUGAGUAAAAUCCAGUAACUGGGGAUUGUUUGAAUAGGGCGUCAUUCGUCUUGCGUUGCAAGGAAGUAUCCUACAUAUCAACAAUGUUUAUACUAUAGUGAGAGACAAACAUAAACUAUUGUAGAUGGUAUAUCAACUCAAACAUGCUUUCUCAACGUAUGAGAACAAUGUUAUUUUUUAUUUAUCCCUGUAAGAAUCGACAGAAACAUUAUCUGAUGAAACUUCUAUACUAAUCACAACAUGAAUUGCGUCUUUGUAGUAUUUUUAAAAAAGAGAACCACAAAGUAUUCAGAAUAAUUCAGUGCUCUCUCUCCUUUAAAGUGUUUGUAAUUAUAUACAUCAUUGCAGAAUAUACUUCUGAUCAUGGUCAUCUAUAAUUAUAUUACUAAAAUAGAGUCAUAAUAAAGUCUAUCCUCUUUUACUAUCUUCUGCAGUUCCCAUGUUGCCAGAGAUCAAAUACACCAAGAUCAACAUCACCUUCCUGGAGACUUUUGGCUCGGUCUUUGGAACAGAAGGAGACACGGUCACCUUGGCAGCCACAAUGAACAUUAGCCCCAACCUAGCCAAUCUACAGCCUGAAGCUCAAUGGUUCAGAGAUGGUAACACAUUUUCUCUUACAAUCAUAACUGCUUUCAAUAACAGCCGAUUUACAAGACCAUUUUUGUAACUUCAGCCACUGACAGUUCUUCACUUUUAAUGUUGCCGUUUUUGUUUUGUUUUAGAUCAUCGUCUGUCAGACUCCAAGUGGGUGAAGAUAGAUUCCGGUAGAGGCGAGACCAAACUGACUCUGCCUCAUCUGAACAAGGAUGAUGAGGGCGUCUACACUCUCCGUAUGGUGACAAAGAGGGGAGAUGCUGUGCACAGUGCAUUCGUCUCCUGUGCAGGUAAAAAAAUCUGCUAACUUUGAGAAUUGUAUACCACCUCUGUGUGUACCAGCAAUGCAUCUACUUUGAAAACUGCAGUAUCAGCCAUAUUCUUAUAUCUUUCAAAAAAGCUACUUUGGUCCUUGAAUGAUCAAAUCAAAUCAAUUCUGUUCACAGGGUGUUUCAGGUAUAGCGUGAUAUACUUUGACAGAGUGUGAUGAUGUGACUUGCUUUGUGUCCCUAUACCAGAUGGUCCACCCCCAAUACCUGGGUCUCCAGGUGCCCCUAUGGACAUCAAGAUUCAUGACGCCAACAGAGAUUAUGUCAUCGUGUCCUGGAAGCCUCCCAACACCACCACUGAAGGCCCCAUCAUUGGAUACUUUGUAGAUAGGUAACGGAAGGUGUUAAAAUGGGAAUCAAAUGUGAAUAUAUCCAGCUACUUUUUCCAGCUACUAUUUCCCCGAUGCCUUUACCUGACCAGGAAAAACUCCAGGCCCUCAUUAUAUACAUUCUGGUAUUUUUAUUCUUAAAAUCACAUAUCAUUCUAGGCCAAAAAUGGGAGGCAAAUCUGUCAAUUACAAGCUAUAAUCUCCCACCACUAUGUGUAGCUGGUGACAGAAUAAUGUAGCUAUAUCAGCCCAAAUAACUUUAAUAGAGGUGGGUUUUUGGAGAUGUACCAAUUUUCCUACAUUUUUUGCAGAUGCGAAACUGGAACUGAAAAUUGGGUGCAGUGCAACGACUCCCCCAUUAAGAUCUGUAAAUACCCUGUGCCUGGCCUUUUCGAGGGCCACUCCUAUUACUUCCGUGUGCGGGCGAUAAACUCAAAAGGCAUCAGCAAGCCCUCCAGAAUGUCUGACCCCAUCGCCGCACUGGACCCCACCGAAUUUGAAAGACUCCAUGGUAAUAUGAUGAUGACAUCGUAAACGUUACCUUGUGAGGUCAUGUAUACUCUAGACUCAAAUUAAUGUAUAUAAUUUUCUGUUUUUAUUUUUGUUUGACAGCCAUCAAGUUGGGUGGUAAACUUGACGUUGUAACUUACCACGAUGACGUUGAAGGUACUCAAUGGUUUUCUAUGAUAUAUGGGGGUCCUUGAAACUCGAUAACUAGUUUGAUACAAAAAUAUUUGAUGUUCUUCUAAGCAGUCAUGCUAUUACUUUUUUAGGCUUAUUUCUUUACACUUCAUCAGAGUCAGUAGCACUAAUAAGAAUAAUGAGGGUAAACUACCCGUUUAGAAUAUUGAGAUAUCAUUAGCCCCUCACAUUGUACCAUGCCUUCCAUCUGUAUAAUAAAACACCAAUAACAACUGUCACAUUUCACAUUUUUCUUUUCACGAUUCUCCAAUCUCAAUAAUUUGCAAUAAUUAUACAGCCUAAAUUGGGGCUCAUCAGAGAGCUGCUGAUUAGUUUUUGAUGAGAAUUCCAUCAGGAUGCUAAGAUCCAACCAUCUGUGGCACCUUCUUCAGACUGAACGCAACACAUCUAUACUAGCAACAGAUCGAUGUGCAUAGACAGCUAGAGAAAAAGCCUUCAGUACUACAAUUUCAUAACCUUGAAAACAUUUGUUAUUGUGGCAAUAUUUUUGUCAACUCGGGUGAAUGCUCCCACUUGGGCAAAAUACAGUAAAUCUCUGUGAUGUCUUGUGUCCGUAGAUGAGAAGAAGGUGCCAGGAUCCCCCUCAAAGUUGCACGCCCCAGAAACCGACCGAACAUAUGUUGUCCUCAGCUGGAAACCUGCCCCCUAUCACGGCCGGGCCCCAGUGUGGUACUAUAUUGAGAAGGUUGGUCUCUCUCUGUUCUUCCCCAGGUUUAUUUUCAACAUGGAAUUGCUAGAUUUGUGUCCUCUAAAACAGGGGUUCUCAACGUGGGGUCUGCGGUGCCCGAGGCACUCUAGGUUGUCCGCGGCCAGAUCUAAAAAAAUAAAAAAAAAAAAAAAUGAUUAUUACUAACAAGAACAGAUUAAAUGAAUUUUGGCCAAGGGAUCUGUGGAAUACAUACAGGGAUAAUACAAUACAGUAAUACUAUUAAUCUACAAUUUAUGUUCUUAAACAUGGGUAACAUUUGUUUGUAAAUUGUAAAGUCUUUUGUCUUUAAUGUCUUUUUCGUUAUGUGUUGGACCCCAUUAAGACUAGCUGUCGCUAUUGGCGUCGGCUAAUGGGGAUCCUAAUAAAUCAAAUAAAAAUCAAAUAAAAAACAUGUGCCUGGAAGGCUCACAGAGACAUUGAUAUCCACAGUACUCCAUCAAUUAUCAAUGUUUUCAACUCAAUACUUAUGUUUUUUAAAUUUCAAAUAUUAGUCAUUUAGCAGAUGCUCUUACAAUUAACGCAUUCAUCUUAAGAUAGCUAGGUUAGACAACGACACAUCACAAUCGUAUCAAGUAAAUUCUCCUUAAAAAAAUAUUUAUCAACAAAGUCAGUGCUAGUAGGGGGGGCCGUCAGAGUUAUUUAAGAUACUCUUCAAAGAGGUUUGGUAUCAGACGUUUUUUUGAGCAGGGACUCCGCUGUCCUGACUUUAGGGGGAAGCUUGUUACACCAUUGGAAUACUUCAUGUAUUAAAACUGCAAAGUUUUCUCUCUGCCUCAUGGAAAAAUUUGUAGAAUUGCAGGAAAUUAGCUUGAAAACUGCACAAGAGGCGGGUCUUUAAAAUGUUCCUUCCUAGGGCCCGAGACUUGGUUCGUCCGGCCAUGCACUGCGGAAGUCAUAGUAAAAUUCCUUGUAUGCAAAAUGUUUUUUAUCUCACUCAAGUUGUGUUCUGAUUAUGAGGUCCCCGGCCCCAACAAGUUUGAGAACCUCUGCUCUAAAACAGAUGGAAUCUUUCUUAAGAUGCGUUCAAUAGUAUAAUCGAGGGCAAUAACAAUCAGGUCACCAUCCGAAUUAAUAGCUAAAGUCAGCAAAAUGAAUUGGGGUUCUAUCUUUCUCUCCAUUUCAUUUGACUGUAUCUGUGGAUGUUGUAACAGGGUGUAAAUGUUGUUUUUUGGGCUCUUCCCUCACAGUGCCUGGCUGAGACCGGUGCGUGGCAGAGAGUGAACACUCAGGUGCCUGUGAGAUCUCCUCGCUAUGCCGUGUUUGACUUGGCUGAGGGAAAACAGUACUUGUUCCGUGUCCUGGCUGCAAACAUGUACGGCAGCAGUGAAGCCUCUGAGCCUACUGAGCCCAUUCAGACUCAAGAGCUGCGCGGUAAGAGGUUCCUCUUCAAUGGCUUUAUAGCUAUCUCUUAGAGUCCUCCUCAAGGUUGGGCUCAAGUAUUCUCUCUAAAAGUCAAACUCCCUGCAAAGCACAGCAAUAGUCAAUGGUGGAAUUUGAAAAAUGUCAAAAAGUUAUUAAUAUAAUAGAUUUUGCUAAGACAUAAUAGUCCUUCAAUUAAAGUAAGUAGAUAGUUUACAUUUUCCCCUUGACAUUAACCCUGUUCAUCUACUGUAGGUGUCCCCUCCACUCCUGGUUAGGUGGUUGCCACAAGGGAGACUGACACGUCUCUUGUUAUCCAAUGGGCUGAACUCAAGGAGCCUAACCAUGCUCUGUUAAUCUACUGUAGGUGUCCCCUCCGCUCCUGGUCAAGUGGUUGCCACAAGGGAGACUGACACGUCUCUUGUUAUCCAAUGGGCUGAACCCAAGGAGCCUAAUAACCUUAUUGGCUACUACAUUGAUGUGGGUGUAAAAGGCUCAAAUGACUGGGCUUCAGCUAACCACAAGCCUCACAAGAGCAACAAGUAUGUAUUCAGUCAUAGACUUAUUAUUUGAAGAGUGUGAUUUCAUUCAUCAUAAUGUGUUGACAUUUUACUUAAUCUACUAUUUUUGAUUAGGUUUGUGGUUCAAGGCUUGACCACUGGUGAGACGUAUGUUUUCCGUGUGCAAGCCAUCAAUGAGCUGGGUCUUAGUGAUGAAUCACAGGAGUCCUCGCCCCUCUCUGUCAAAGCUGCCCUCAGUGAGUAUGCACUAUGCACACGCAUGCAGACACACACACACACACACACACACACACACACACACACACACACACACACACACACACACACACACACACACACACACACACACACACACACACACACACACACACACACCACACACCACACACCACACACCACACACACACAGGAUAUACUUGUCAUUAGUCGAGGUUCCAACCAGGCGUAAAAAGUGCUGGGUUCAAUCUGGCAGUAGCAAAAGUAACAGCAGAAGAAAAUUGCAAAUACACGAUUUUAGCGACCCACUGUGCUUAGCUGGAGACUCUUUUCUCUGUGAAUGAUCAUAGUGAUUAAAUUGUAACAAGGUUAUCAAGACUGUUGGUAGCUCUCCAGAAGUAUGACAAACAAAGUUGGCCGAAUAUCUCAAAUCAAUGUCUCCAAUAAAUGAAAAGGACCAUUAUGCUUUCAGCAGGACAGACUGGGAGCCUAUUGGAUUUGGUCUAUCGUCAUUCAUUUUUCUCCUUGUCCAAAUAAUGUGAAUAAUUUAGGCAAUAUGAGUAGAAAACAAACCAUUGGCUGAUAGAGUUCCUUUGGGACAUUCAACCAACAACUGCAGAUUGUUUCACCAUCCAUUUUUUUACUCAUUAAUUGGUGAUACUCCAAGCUAUGUGGCUUGCAGUAUUUUGUGUUUGUAACAAACAAUGAUCAUAUUUAACAUGCUAGUUGACUCCAUGAUGAACUAAGAUUCAUGUAUUAUAUACAUGCUACUGAAAGCAUGCACAACCAGUAUUUCUCCAAGAGUUAGGGACCCCUGCUAUAUAUCCACCAUGAUGCAUGUUUAAGACACUUAUAAACUCUGUUUGCAGCGAUUCCCUCUGCUCCAUAUGACAUUGCUCUGCUCGCUUGUGAUGGCGAGUCCAUGGUUCUGAACUGGAAGCGGCCCGUCCACUCUGGUGGCUCUCCGGUGGCUGAAUACUACAUCAACAAACGCAGGCACGGAGAACAUACAUGGAGAGAGGUCAACAUCCCACCCAUCAAAGAGAGGCUGUUCAAGGUACAAAUCUGAUUGACCUUAGUCAUUUAAAAAUAUGUUACAGUUAGGAUCAUUGGAUCAUAUGGAAUCUAUUAUGCAGUGAUUCAAACAGUUUUAACAAUUUUAGCACUUUCCCUCACAACUAUAGGUUGAACAUCUGAGUGCAGGUGCAGUUUAUGAGUUCAUGGUUUAUGGUGGAAGUCUUGCUGGUCUUGGUGCCCCCUCUGCCCCUAGCAAGGCAUUCCAAUGUGAUGCCUGGACCAUGCCCGAGCCAGGUACAGUACCGAAAACCUCUCUGAAACAAGUUGAUAUUUUAAAGAUGAAACGAAGUGUGCAUAGUUCAAAGAAGUGAAUGUCAUUUUACAUGCAAAUACCGUUGCAUAUUUAAACCGUUAAUGCAUAUCUCAUCCUUUUUAUGUGAUGAUGAAUUCUGGAAGAGGUGCAUUCAAGCUUAUCGCCAGUGCCACUUCCAACAUCAAUCGUUAAGAUAGCAGCACGUACACAUUACACAGUCUGACCUCUGUGCUCAGAGUUACAUGUCUGACAUAAAGAACUGUUUGGCUGUAAUUUUCUACAUUUACUGAACUCUGAAUUUCAGGUCCAGCUUAUGACAUGACCUUCUGCGAGAUCCGCGAUGACUCUGUGGUGGUGGAGUGGAAGGCUCCAGUCUACACCGGCGCCAGCCCAAUCACAGGCUACUUUGUGGACUUUGCCAAGAAAGGCUCAGAUGAAUGGCACUGUUCCAAUGAGAGCCAUGCUGUCAGUCACCGCUACCACAAGGUACAGAGUAUUCCUAGAAUACCUAUGAGUUAUGACAAUGUACCCUGUCUGGCACAUUUUACAGUCCUUGUUGUUUUCAGGUGACUGGGCUGGAAGCUGGAGUGUCCUAUGUGUUCAGAGUGCGGGCGGCGAACUCUGAAGGUGCCGGCAAGCCUUCCUUGGCUUCUAACCCUGUGGUUGCCAAAGCAGUGGAAGGUACUGUUGGACAGACACAAUUCCCAAUGCUGAGCUUCAAUGUGGCUUAGUACAGAGCAACAUUCAUUCAGUGUGUUCCACAGAGAAUGUUUAUUUGGGUCAGGAUUCCCAUUAAAAUGGGAGUUAGAUUGGCUGAAAGGUAGGAGAGUAACACCACGGAGUGUGGGGUACACUAAACAGGGAUGUUGAGGAGGGGCUUAGGGAGGGGUAGUCUGUUCUUCUGUCGAUAAGACAUUGGGAGGACGUGGGAGGAGAGAAAAAUAGAUGACUCAUAUUGAGCUCUGUAAAGUGGUUGGAAUGAGAGCAUCAGGCAACCAGCAGAGAGCAGUGUUGUAUUCUGCAGGGACCUCAGCAACUCAAGCGCAAGGCUGGGUGAGAUCAGGGAAAAGUCAUUCUCACAAUUCUCUAGAUAUUAAUUCAACAGAGGAUGCAGAACAUACAGACACAAAUACACUGUGGACAUAUAAUGAACAUACUACCAUAGGAUGACUGCACCUAAACACCAAUCUCUAGGACAUGCUGUGCUUGCAAUCCCAGAUUUCUAUUUCUGUUGCCUGUCAACUUCACCCUUUGCUUUGUCACUCCAAAAGGUGCCCAGGAGAUGACCUGCACAGUGGACAAAGAGUCGGGAGACAUCAUCCUGUCAUUUGAAAGCUGUCAAAUUACGGAGAGCUCCCACUUUGUGUGGAAGAAAUUCUACAAGGAAAUCACUGACUUCUCCAAAGAAAUUGUCAUCAAAACAGAGGGCAGCACGUAAGCUAUGCACAAAACUUGUCAACAGAUCAAAUAUAUUUUAGCAAAAUAAAACUGAUUCAGAAAUGUGUAAUAUACUUCUAUUGGUGUGCUCAAUAUUUCCUGGACCCUAUAUUAAAUGAUGUCUCUUUCUUUCAUUUCUUUCUAGCUCCAAGCUUAUUUUCAAGCACCCCGACCAGGGGGAUGUGGGUUGCUUCUCCGUUGCUGUAACUAACACUGAUGGUGUUUCUGCCAGCCAUGAAAUCCAUGCUGAAGGUAGGCCCUGGGUGGGGAGUGGAUCGUAAAUAAGAGGUUACUUAUUUAUAACCCUCAUUAUGGACGUAUCAUGGUAUAAAAUAGAUUUUGCACAUACAUGCAUGCAUACUGUACUAGUACAUCUAAGUCAACACAACAGCACUUCAUUAUACAGCAGACAAUAGUGGCACCUUUCACAGUCAUUCAUGAAUAUUAUAUGAUGUAGUGAUACAGUACAUGCAUGUCUGGUCUUGUGCAGUGCAGACAACUGUUACCGUGGAAGUAUACGAUAAUGUUUCAUGUAAAAAGGCUUUGCUGUGGAGGAAGCUGUUUGGCUGUUUCCUGAAAUCAAUUUGCGAAACAGAUAUUGGAUCAUUGGAGUACUGAAAUGCACUUCCCCUUGUUUACCUCUAUUACAGAGCUGGAGAAAUUGCUGGCAAAGAGCUAUGGUAUCAGACACCCGGGUAGGUUUUGUUCUGAAUUAUUCAAUAUGGAUUUUCUAUUUUCACUCUCCUUAGUUCUGGUCCCCAUCAAAUGUUCUUUUGGAAAACACAGCUCAGGGUAAAUGGACGAUUACAUUUUUUGGCUUUUGGCUUGAAUAAUCUGCAUAUACUGUAUGGGCGUGUGUGCUGUUGUAGACUGGUGAUGAGGUAAGAUCUGUGUAAACCACAUAAAGGAGACAACUGUUAAUCCCAGAAAAUAGUAUUUGUCAGCCCUUGCUCCAUCAACUUUAACUUUUAAUUUUUUUAGGGGUAGAUCAGCUUUAAAAUUACAGAUAGAUUGUAACUUCCAUCAAUGUAAUUGUCUGCAUCACUUCCAAUCCCCCAUAUGUUUUUUUUCUCACAAAUAUAUAUAUACAGUGGGGCAAAAAAGUAUUUAGUCAGCCACCAAUUGUGCAAGUUCUCCCACUUAAAAAGAUGAGAGAGGCCUGUAAUUUUCAUCAUAGGUACACGUCAACUAUGACAGACAAAUUAAGAAAAAAAAUUCCAGAAAAUCACACUGUAGGAUUUUUAAUGAAUUUAUUUGCCAAUUAUGGUGGAAAAUAAGUAUUUGGUCACCUACAAACAAGCAAGAUUUCUGGCUCUCACAGACCUGUAACUUCUUCUUUAAGAGGCUCCUCUGUCCUCCACUCGUUACCUGUAUUAAUAGCACCUGUUUGAACUUGUUAUCAGUAUAAAAGACACCUGUCCACAACCUCAAACAGUCACACUCCAAACUCCACUAUGGCCAAGACCAAAGAGCUGUCAAAGGACACCAGAAACAAAAUUGUAGACCUGAAUCUGCAAUAGGUAAGCAGCUUGGUUUGAAGAAAUCAACUGUGGGAGCAAUUAUUAGGAAAUGGAAGACAUACAAGACCACUGAUAAUCUCCCUCAAUUUGGGGCUCCACGCAAGAUCUCACCCCGUGGGGUCAAAAUGAUCACAAGAACGGUGAGCAAAAAUCCCAGAACCACACGGGGGGACCUAGUGAAUGACCUGCAGAGAGCUGGGACCAAAGUAACAAAGCCUACCAUCAGUUACACACUACGCCGCCAGGGACUCAAAUCCUGCAGUUCCAGACGUGUCCCCCUGCUUAAGCCAGUACAUGUCCAGGCCCGUCUGAAGUUUGCUAGAGUGCAUUUGGAUGAUCCAGAAGAGGACUGGGAGAAUGUCAUAUGGUCAGAUGAAACCAAAAGAGAACUUUUUGGUAAAAACUCAACUCGUCGUGUUUGGAGGACAAAGAAUGCUGAGUUGCAUCCAAAGAACACCAUACCUACUGUGAAGCAUGGGGGUGUAAACAUCAUGCUUUGGGGCUGUUUUUCUGCAAAGGGACCAGGACGUCUGAUCCGUGUAAAGGAAAGAAUGAAUGGGGCCAUGUAUCGUGAGAUUUUGAGUGAAAACCUCCUUCCAUCAGCAAGGGCAUUGAAGAUGAAACGUGGCUGGGUCUUUCAGCAUGACAAUGAUCCCAAACACACUGCCCGGGCAACGAAGGAGUGGCUUCGUAAGAAGCAUUUCAAGGUCCUGGAGUGGCCUAGCCAGUCUCCGGAUCUCAACCCCAUAGAAAAUCUUUGAGGGAGUUGAAAGUCCGUGUUGCCCAGCGACAGCCCCAAAACAUCACUGCUCUAGAGGAGAUCUGCAUGGAGGAAUGGGCCAAAAUAGUGUGUGAAAACCUUGUGAAGACUUACAGAAAACGUUUGACCUGUGUCAUUGCCAACAAAGGGUAUAUAACAAAGUAUUGAGAAACUUUUGUUAUUGACCAAAUACUUAUUUUCCACCAUAAUUAGCAAAUAAAUUCAUAAAAAAUCCUACAAUGUGAUUUUCUGGAAUUUUUUUUCUCAUUUUGUCUGUCAUAGUUGACGUGUACCUAUGAUGAAAAUUAAAGGCCUCUCUCAUCUUUUUAAGUGGGAGAACUUGCACAAUUGGAGGCUGACUAAAUACUUUUUUCCCCCACUGUACAUACAUACACAUACAUAUACAGUUGAAGUCGGAAGUUUACAUACACUUAGGUUGGAGUCAUUAAAACUCGUUUUUCAACCACUCCACAAAUUUCUUGUUAACAAACUAAAGUUUUGGCAAGUCGGUUAGGACAUCUACUUUGUGCAUGACACAAGUAAUUUUUCCAACAAUUGUUCACAGACAGAUUAUUUCACUUAUAAUUCACUGUAUCACAAUUCCAGUGGGUCAGAAGUUUACAUACAUUAAGUUGACUGCGCCUUUAAACAGCUUGGAAAAUUCCAUAGAAUUAUGUCAUGGCUUUAGAAGCUUCUGAUAGGGUAAUUGACAUCAUUUGAGUCAAUUGGAGGUGUACCUGUGGAUGUAUUUCAAGGCCUACCUUCAAACUCAGUGCCUCUUUGCUUGACAUCAUGGGAAAAUCAAAACAUAUACUGAAGUAUAAUUACAAGCAUUCCAUAAGUGUCAAAGGCUUUUAUUGACAAUUACAUUAAGUUUAUGCAAAGAGUCAAUAUUUGCAGUGUUGACCCUUCUUUUUAAAGACCUCUGCAAUCUGCCCUGGCAUGCUAUCAAUUAACUUCUGGGCCACAUCCUGACUGAUGGCAGCCCAUUCUUGCAUAAUCAAUGCUUGGAGUUUGUCAGAAUUUGUGGGUUUUUGUUUGUCCACCUGCCUCUUGAUGAUUGACCACAAGUUCUCAAUGGGAUGAAGGUCUGGGGAGUUUCCUGGCCAUGGACCCAACAUUUUGAUGUUUUGUUCAACGAGCCACUUAGUUAUCACUUUUGCCUUAUGGCAAGUUGCUCCAUCAUGCUGGAAAAGGCAUUGUUUGUCACCAAACUGUUCUUGGAUGGUUUGGAGAAGUUGCUCUCGGAGGAUGUGUUGGUACCAUUCUUUAUUCAUGGUUGUAUUCUUAGGCAAAAUUGUGAGUGAGCCCACUCCCUUGGCUGAGAAGCAACCCCACACAUGAAUGGUCUCAGGAUGCUUUACUGUUGGCAUGACACAGGCCUGAUGGUAGCGCUCACCUUGUCUUCUCCGGACAAGCUUUUUUCCAGAUGCCCCAAACAAUCGGAAAGGGGAUUCAUCAGAGAAAAUGACUUUACCCCAGUCCUCAGCAGUCCAAUCCCUGUACCUUUUGCAGAAUAUCAGUAUGUCCCUGAUGUUUUUCCUGGAGAGAAGUGGCUUCCUCGCUGCCCUUCUUGACACCAGGCCAUCCUCCAAAAGUCUUCGCCUCACUGUGCGUGCAGAUGCACUCACACCUGCCUGCUGCCAUUCCUGAGCAAGCUCUGCAAUGGUGGUGCCCCGAUCCCGCAGCUGAAUCAACUUUAGGAGACGGUCCUGGUGCUUGCUGGACUUUCUUGGGCACCCUGAAGCCUUCUUCACAACAAUUGAACCUCUCUCCUUGAAGUUCUUGAUGAUCCGAUAAAUGGUUGAUUUAGGUGCAAUCUUACUAGCAGCAAUGUCCUUGCCUGUGAAGCCCUUUUUGUGCAAAGCAAUGAUGACGGCACGUGUUUCCUUGCAGGUAACCAUUGUUAACAGAGGAAGAACAAUGAUUUCAAGCACCAGCCUCCUUUUAAAGCUUCCAGUCUGUUAUUCUAACUCAAUCAGCAUGACAGAGUGAUCUCCAGCCUUCGUCAACACUCUCACCUGUGUUAACGAGAGAAUCACUGACAUGAUGUCAUCUGGUCCUUUUGUGGCAGGGCUGAAAUGCAGUGGAAAUGUUUUUUUGGGAUUAAGUUCAUUUUCAUUGCAAAGAGGGACUUUGCAAUUCAUCGCAAUUAAUCUGAUCACUUUUCAUAACAUUGUUGAGUAUAUGCAAAUUGCCAUCAUAAAUACUGAGGCAGCAGACUUUGUGAAAAUUAAUAUUUGUGUCAUUCUCAACUUUUGACCACGACUGUAUAUCCACAGUAAAACGAGUCCUAUAUCGACAUAACCUGAAAGGUCGCUCAGCAAGGAAGAAGCCACUGCUCCAAAACCGCCAUAAAAAAGCCAGACUACGGUUUGCAACUGCACAUGGGGACAAAGAUCGUACUUUUUGGAGAAAUGUCCUCUGGUCUGAUGAAACAAAAAUAGAACUGUUUGGCCAUAAUGACCAUCGUUAUGUUUGGAGGAAAAGGGGGAAGGCUUGCAAGCCGAAGAACACCAUCCCAACCGUGAAGAACAGGGGGUGGCAACAUCAUGCUGUGGGGGUGCAGGAGGGACUGGUGCACUUCACAAAAUAGAUGGCAUCAUGAGGAAGGAAAAUUAUGUGGAUAUAUUGAAGCAACAUCUCAAGACAUCAGUCAGGAAGUUAAAGCUUAGUCGCAAAUGGGUCUUCCAAAUGGACAAUGACCCCAAGCAUACUUCCAAAGUUGUGGCAAAAUGGCUUAAGGACAACAAAGUCAAGGUAUUGGAGUGGCCAUCACAAAGCCCUGACCUCAAUCCUAUAGAAAAUGUGUGGGCAGAACUGAAAAAGCGUGUGCGAGCAAGGAGGCCUACAAACCUGACUAAGUUACACCAGCUCUGUCAGGAGGAGUGGGCCAAAAUUCACUCAACUUAUUGUGGGAAGCUUGUGGAAGGCUACCUGAAACGUUUGACCCAAGUUAAACAAUUGAAAGGCAAUACUACCAAAUGCUAAUUGAGUGUAUGUAAACUUCUGACCCACUGGAAAUGUGAUGAAAGAAAUAAAAGCUGAAAUAAAUCAUUCUCUCUACUAUUAUUCUGCCAUUUCACAUUCUUAAAGUAAAGUGGUGACCUAAAACAGGGAAUUUUGACUAGGAUUAAAUGUCAGGAAGUGUGAAACUGAGUUUAAAUGUAUUUGGCUAAGGUGUAUGUAAACUUCAACUGUACACAUACAUACAUUUAAAUACAUAUACAUACAUAUAUAGAUACAUAUCCUUUUUUAAACUAUAUUUCCCUUUAUUACUUUCCAACCCCACCACCCCUUCCCUAAUUGGAGUAAACUAGUGAACAACAAUGCAUAGGCCUCUACUUCCAGUUUAUACGUACUAUAUACAUUUUAUUCUAGCAACUUUUUAGCAUGUGGUUCAUUACAGCCUAUUCUCAUUUUCUGAGGAGGAAAAUGUCUUGUGUUGAACAAAUGACAUUUCUUUCAUGAGCAAAUGUAAUUUCUAUCACAAAACUUGCCUCUAUUUGCAUCACCUUGUUCCUCCCUUUGUUCUGCUUCCACAGUGAUCCCUCUAAAGACUCAGCUGGCCUACAAGAUUCUGGAGCGCGGUCGCAUGUGCUUCUGGCUGCAGGCUGAGCACAUCUCUUCUGCUGUCACCUACAAGUUCUUUGCAAACAACAAGGAGCUCUCAGCAACUGAUGUACGAUUCACUUCCUUAUUCCUGUCAACACUAAAGUGACACAUUGUCUUUGUCCAAAAUCUGUCCAAAAUGGUACCCUAUUCCCUAGUGCACUUUUGACACCCAUUCCUUAUUUAGUGCACUUCUUUAGAAACCCUUUUCUGAUAAAGUGCACAACUUCUGACCAGUGCCCUAGGAGACUAACCCUAUGGGGCUCAGGUCAAAAGUAGUGCACCAUACAGGAAAAGAGUGUUGUUUCAGACACAACAUGCACAGACUAUUUGUUUUCUCUUUGUACUAGACAUUCUACUCUCUCAUCACUAUGUAUGGCAUGAAUAGCCUUUUUAAGCCAAGACUAGAGUAGAUCACACAACAUAACCACAUUAUUGGAUUCGCAACAUUCACUCAGUAAAGUCCUCUCCUGUAAACUUUCUUGGUGUCUUCUUCUCUGUGUUCUCAGCCAAAUCAUGCGAGUCACAACGUGGAGACCGGCAUCAUUGAGUUUGUGCUGGAUCAUUUCACAGAGGAUAGCGAGGGUACCUUUACUGUUCAGAUCGAGGAUGGAAAAGCCAGAGGCCAGUCCUCUCUGGUGCUUAUCGGAGAUGGUGAGUGCAUGUCUGCUGUGGGGGAGUUGUAUUACUCUAAUCCAGGGUGGGCUCCAUGAGGUAUCCAGGAUUUAUCCCCUGUAUCUCUUUGUUUGGGUUCUAGAUUUCAAGGCAGCUCUUGCAGACGCAGAACACCAAAGGAGCGAGUACAUCAGAGUGAAAGAGGGUAAAAGUUAAAAAAAAUAUAUGCAAUCCUCUAGUGUUUGUGAAAUUCUUUUGAGUAAUAUUUAAAUGAAAUAUGAAUUUCAAACAGCCAGUACACUAAGAUGAUGAUUAGGUAUCAUAAUUAUUUAUUCCUUACAAAAGGUUCACAUUAUUUAUCGCACCAGCAAAUCCAUAAGCCACCCAUUGUUACAAGGAUAUUACAAGGAUGUUAUUAGCAAAACAAUGCAUUAAAAUGUGACCUUCAUAUGACCUCUCUCCCCCCUCCCUCCCUCCAAAAUCCCCCCCACCACCACCUCUCUCCCUCACACCCUCCCUCUCGCGCCUUCUGUCUCUCUCUUGCCCUAUUUCCAGGCCCCCACUUCAGUGAGUUUUUGUCAGUCCAUGUCGGGGAUGACUGCUCUGUUGCACUCGUCUGCAAGGUAAUUAAACAUUCACCUUAAGUACAAUUAGAUUAGGCCAAGAGAUUAAAUGGAAAUCAUGGCAUGAGUUAUUGCUAAUGCCAAUCUAAACGACAAACACAGUCAGCAUGAUUCAGCUUAGUCGUUGUUCCCCUCUGUUGAGAGGCUUGAUGACAGAUGGUGUUGUUGUAGUGCAGUCAUGCCUCUUUGUUUGGGCUGGUCCACCUCUCUGCGGGUCACGGGGUCUAUUGUUUCAUAAUGCAGGUGGAGAAUCUGAAGAAGGAAACAGCGCUGCACUGGUUCAAGGAUGACGUUGAGAUUUCCCCUGAAGGGCCAGACAAUCUGGCAUCUGGAGCCUGCAAGCUUCCUAUUUCCCUGGUAAUGAUAUCACACAAACACACAGAUUGA